GCGCACAUAUCGGGUUGCCCGCAGUACUGCUCAGCGCUUCGCACGGCGCGUUUCUAAACUGUGAUAAAACUAGUCGAAAAAAGAGUCUCUGACCAAAAAGGCCACAGCUGUACCACCACAAUGCCAAGUAAAUGUGUUAACCUCCUUGGAUUGUUCCCUAAAGUUUAACACUUUUCCUGUUUGUUUUCGUCUGUGUUUUCGGAGGGAAUUCGAAAAUUUCAGCGUGCGUUUUUUUUACAUUGUGUCAAUAAUUUUGCUAAACAUAACGUAGCUGCAACAGAAGCCCGUCAAGAUGGAGCAGUUCGAGUCGCUGCUCACGUGCUGCGUGUGCCUGGACCGGUUCCGCAACCCCAAGCUGCUGCCAUGCCAGCACAGCUUCUGCAUGGAGCCCUGCAUGGACGGCCUCGUCGACUAUGUCAGGAGACAGGUCAAAUGUCCAGAAUGCCGUGCAGAACACAGGAUCCCGUACCAGGGGGUACAGGGGUUUCCCACAAACGUGACGCUUCAGAGGUUCCUGGAGCUCCACGCCAACAUAGCCGGCGAGCUGCCGGACCCCACGGCGGGGCAAGUCAUGGAAAGAUGCAACGUUUGCUCCGAAAAAGCAUACUGCGGUCCGUGCGCCCAUUGCGACAAGAAAGUCUGCGAGGAAUGCAAAUCAAACCACAUGGAAGUUCUACGCAGGGAAAUCUCCCGAAUAAACAACCAAAUACGUCGCGGCGUAAAUAGACUUCAAGAUAUUUUGGCAGUAGUUGAAAGAAACACGACAAACUUACAAACAAAUUGCGGAGCAGUUGCUGGCGAAGUGGAGGAAAUUCAUAAACGUCUUGCAAAAGCUCUCAAAGACAGGACGGAUUAUCUGAGAACUGAAGUGGAUCGCUACCUCGCUACUGAACUAAGAAACCUAACGCAUCUCAAAGAUAAUUUAGAAUUAGAGUUAACUAAUAUACAAGCAAAUUGUGAUCUCGCUGAUAAAUAUAUAAAUGAUGAUGUUGAAUGGGAAGACACUGAACUAGUCGACACGAAGGAAAUAUUCCUUAAAACUGUCGAAUUUUUGAGAAACUUCGACUAUGAGGCCGGUGAUUAUAAUCGUAGAAUACGAUUUAUCAUGACUCAUGAUCCCAAUCAGCUGGUGAUGCAUGUGGCUAGUUACGGUGAACUUAACAUCAAUACUCCAACCACUUAUUCUGCCAACCUUCAACCAAGUCAAGGUUUGACGCGCUCAAAGAGCGACCAUCGUCUUGCUACGCAAUUCCGUCAACAAGAAGAAGCUAAAGGGUAUAUGGAGAACGACGAGCCAAUCUUAGGUGGUCGUAAAUUUGGUGAGCGCAGGCCACCUCCCCCGGAGAAGGCCACACGCGACUACGGUGGCGAUGACUACAGCGGAUAUGAAUCUGAGCAUAGGCCAUCACGUCGGUUCCGUUCUCGUUUUGUUAAAAGUCACUUACAAGAUGACUCUGACACAGAACAACCUGCAGUCAAAGACGACAAACAAACGCAGAAAGAGAAAGCCAAAGUUGUUGAUACUGAAGACGCCACUCGAGGACCUCUGAGUGGUAUUUUCAGAUUGAGCGACUGUCCCCGCGUGAUGCAGAGGAUAAUGGAUGUAGACAGCGGCAAAAAGAAAGAAAAAAAGGAGCCGCCUCCACCUCCUAAGCCUGUUCAACCAGCCCCGGUACCACAACAUCGCCCACCGCAAGCUCAGAGGCAGAUGAGUGAAGAUGAUGAAAUCACUCGCCAGAAAAGACAAAACAAAGCUGCUGCAGCUGGAUCAGCAUCAUCGCAGGAGCCUCAUGUCACCAGAACUCGUGCUGAAGAGGAACGAAGCUCAAUUAACAGAAAACCACCCGCUCCAGCACGGGAGGCUUCCAGUGACGGUGAAUCUGAUGAUGAAACUGUUACGGCUAUGCAACGAAACCAGCGUAAAAAUGCUACGCCCGCUCAAAAAACAACUACACCAGGCAGAAGACCCUCAGCCAGCUCUGAGACCUCGACGCACCGCACCCCGGCGCGCGCUCCAAGCACUGAAUCAAGCGCUUCGACUGAGAGUUCCGGCUCGGCGGUUAAACACACAGGUGCAAUUCUUACUAUUGCAGAACUAAAAGCCAAAUAUAGCAAUGUCGAACUUCCACCCAAACCUCCUCGUUUGUUUUCAGCAGGCAACGAGAGAACUACGCCCACUACUACGAACGGAACAGCCGGUGGAGCACAGCGGGUGCAAAGUCGAUUUGUAGGAUCGCAACGCCCGACGCCGACGCCCGCGCCCGCCGAGCCGGCCGCAGUGGACUCUGACACCAGCUCCGAGGAAGAAACCGACUCGUCGGAGGAGAGUGAAGAGGAGCCUGCGACGCAAAGGAAACCCGAGAGUCAGGCGAUGGCCCGGAGCGACAUCGGCCCCUUACUGGCACGGAGUAACAACGCCCGGACUGACGCUCACGACUCAAAAACUAAAGACUCACCUUCUCAAACCCGUUACCGGACUCGGACAACGUCUACUGCAGAAGAAGAGCCGCCUUCCCGCUACGGCACUGCUAGUACUACUAGCGGCUCUGCUUAUAACAACCGUAGUACUUACGGCAGCAAGCCUCGGGACGAUGAAACCAAUUCAUCACUAGACGACGACACAAAGUACCCGACGGCUCGAUCGAGGUAUCUCGCACUGAAAGAGAGGCGUAACCGUCUUGCGAGAAGUAAGAGCAGUCACACGGGUUUUGGUGCUGCUGAUGAUGAUGACCACGACGAGCCGAUGUCGCCGACGACGGCGUCUCCUUCGGCUUACUUGGCGUCCAAGUACGGGUCGGGCACCGGCGGCUCCGAGCUGGCCCGCAGUCGCUCCUCACACGCGCUGAAGUCGCGAGAGAGUUCUCCGGAGCGACCGACAACGACAGAGAAAGAUGGAGCGGCCCUAAGCUCUUGGGCGCGCUAUCUGAAGAACAAGUACGGGUCACGAGGCAAAGAGCGAGACACGACGGGCGCUAGCUCCACCAGCACGUCCCGCCGCCUGUCUCUCGGGCUGCCUCUUCGCUCGGCCAACGAGCUUGCCAGUUCUGACGAUGAUUCAAAAAACGCGGCAGGCUCCCCCAUCUCCCCUACGGCGGCUACAGCAGCGGUAGCAGGUUUCGCAGCAGCAGGUUCCUCCCCUAGGAGCCAGUACUUGCAGAAACGCCGUUUACAAUUCAGUGUUGGGAGUCGGGGGAGCGAACCCGGAUGUUUUACGUGGCCUCGGGGCAUCGCUGUCGGCCCGGACAACGCCAUGGUCGUGGCUGACUCAUCUAAUCAUAGAGUGCAGGUGUUCGAUUCGAACGGUAUAUUCGUGAAGGAAUUCGGCGGCUACGGCGGCGGCGAGGGUGAGUUCGACUGUCUCGCCGGAGUCGCCGUCAACCGCAUCGGACAGUACAUCAUCGCCGACAGAUACAACCACCGUAUUCAGGUGUUCGACCCGGCCGGGCGCUUCCUGCGCGCGUUCGGCAGCCAGGGCACGGGCGACGGCAAGUUCAACUACCCGUGGGGCAUCACCACGGACGCGCUCGGCUUCAUCUACGUGUGCGACAAGGAAAACCAUAGAGUUCAGGUGUUCCAAUCCGACGGCACGUUCGUGGGCAAGUUCGGUUCGUUCGGCUCGAAGCUCGGGCAGCUCGAGCACCCGCACUACAUCGCCGUGUCCAACACCAACCGCGUGCUCGUGUCGGACUCCAACAACCACCGCGUGCAGGUGUUCGACGUGAACGGACGCGUGCUGUCGAGCUUCGGCGAGGAGGGGUCGGAGGAAGGGCAGUUUAAGUUCCCGAGGGGUGUAGCCGUCGACGACCAAGGCUACAUCGUGGUGGCUGAUUCCGGCAACAACCGGAUCCAGAUCUUCCACCCUGAUGGCGCCUUCCUACGAGCCUUCGGCUCCUGGGGCAGCAGCGACGCGGAGUUCAAGGGGCUGGAGGGCAUCGCCGUCAUGUCUAAUGGGAACAUUAUCGUCUGUGACCGCGAGAACCAUAGGGUACAGGUGUUUUGAGAUGUCUGCAGCAGUCCAUCCAGUAAAAAUAAGAACAA